UCUCUUACCCACCCCAUCUCUUUUUUAGGAACUCGAAUCAUCUAUGACAGAAAAUUCCUGUUGGAUCGUCGAAAUUCUCCCAUGGCUCAAACCCCACCUUGCCACCUCCCUAAUAUUCCAGGAGUCACCAGUCCUGGUGCCUUGAUUGAAGACUCCAAAGUGGAAGUGAAUAAUUUGAACAAUCAUGACAGGAAAUCUACUGUAGGGGAUGACGCUCAGUUUGAGAUGGACAUCUGAUCAGUCUCCAGAUGACAGGAGAAGCAGCAGCUCCAACACCUGCAUGGACCUGAUUUGACCAAUAGGAUUGAGAACUGAAAAGACAGAAGAGGCAGUAGCAGCAUUCUCCAUUGCAGUCUCCACCUCAUCCUCCAGGUGCCAAAGGAUAAGAAGACUAGCUCCCCUUCAUUGACUUUUCUCUUUUGCUCCGGUGUCCCUUACCCCAUUUGGACUGAAUCAAGGCCCCUAGCAUAUUUCUACAGCGAUGAGCCUGUGUAGGAAGGGAGCCGAAUCUCCGCCCUCCCGGCCAUCUUUCCAGCACGGUGGAAAGCUCACUUCCACCCUAGGCUGGAUGCCAGUUACCAACUACUACAGGGCUGGGGAGGGAGAUACACGUAGGUUUGUCGAAUACAGCAUUAUCCAUUUCUCUUUCCCUUUGCCCUCCUCCUGCCCCUCGAGCUUCAGGACUGAGUAGUCAGAAUGCAGGUUGCUGGUGUUUUGACUUUCAGAGCUGUCAAGAGUGGGAGGGGACACGAGUUGCUAGUUACCUUGACCUCUGGUACCCCUCGAGGGAAGAGCUCUCUCAAAUGCUUCUGUGAAACCUGGGUUCUUACUACCCGGCCUGUAAUGCUCUGUGGCCCAACACCUGUCUAUUCCUUCUACCUUUUUUCCUUUGGGGAAGCAUGUCCUCCGCCUGGGACAUUGCCUCACCUUACUGUCCUUUCCCCUUAUGUACCUGUUGGAACAAAACUUUUUUAAACUUUGUACUUCAAGGGCAGGGAGCCGUUAUUAUCCAGCUUUGGUGCCUCUUCUCUUACUCCUCCCUGAAAUUCCUGUCUGCAGAAACUAAUUUCCCUUGUUCUUCUCGAAUGUCCUCCAUCAGCACCAAGAGCAGGCAGCGUUGGGCACCUACUUCAUUGUUGUUCUUUCUUUGAUUCUAGAUUGAAACUUGAAAAAUGACCUCUUCCGAGUUGGCUUGGAAUACAUUUGGAGACCUAGUCUCAGUAGUCAACUUCUCUCUCAGGUGGGCAAACGAGCUUUCCAUUCUUUCUGUUGCCCUGGCUUCACUGUCUCUUGGAUUCUACAAACAAGAAUUGGGGGUAGAAUUUGAGACUGGUCUUAGAAUUGACCCAGACUUUCUCCUUGUGUAGUAAUGCUUUCUGUGGCUGACAAAUGUAGAACUGGAGAUAAACAUGGGCUUAGUUUUAUCCUUGCUGUCUUUCUGUUCCCUCCCUUUCCCAAGCUUCCCACUGUACUCUGUUGUUUCCCUGUAUUUUCUUCUUUCUCUGCCAGUCUGUUUUGUAGCCUGACAUCAAAAGGUACCUUGAUCUGAGUUGGUAUCUGAUAACAUCAACACUCCUAGGUUAGGAGUGAACCUUUAUUUUUAAGAUGACUACAGACCUAUUUUCUAGAAACAUUUUCAGUCAAAUUCUGAACAGCAACUUUUUCAUUGAACAUCUUCCAGUAUCAGGAAGGUGAGAGGUCUCUGUGGAGUAGUCUUGCUGUUCUUAUGCCAUCAUCUUCUGUUUUUGCCCAAUACUUUUUGAUUUAUACUUUUGUACUUUUUUCCAUAACUGUGUGUGUGCAUGUUUAGGGUUUGUAGUGAGUAAUUCUGUAUAACUAGAUCAUUCUGCCUUGCGCUUUGCCUUUCCCUUUUCCUUGGCUCUAAACAAAUAGUUGGUUUCCCUUUGGAUCCCAGGCUCCUCUGAUUACUGCCUAUUACUGUCCCCGCCCUUCCUUCCACUGAACUCUUGGCUUGUGUGAUUGAAUUUCUUAGCAUCCCAGGUUCUGAUAACUGAGAGCUCAGUUCCCUGGGUAAAAGUCACAAGCCUGUACAGCUUUCUAAAAGCUAUUUGUUUUCAUUCUGAGCUAUGAAAAGUCCCUGAUGGUGAAUACAUUUUCACAGGAGACAGAAAAAUUUCUUAGGAACUUGAUUCUGUUCUCUACUACAAAAUGGGAAUAGUUAAAGGAAUAGAAACCUUUGGACAUUGUCAGUGUUUCUCAGGAAUAAGCUGCAUGGGUAGCUUUUAGGGGAUGUUUGCAUUGUAAAAAUUUGGAGCUGAGAAGAGUGACCAUACCCCCCCCCAAAAAAAAAUCCUUAUCUCCACCUUAGUUCUAAUUAAAUUCCUCCAAA